AUGGGGGCCGACAGAGCAUGGGAACUAUGCGCAAACCUGAUGCGCAGAAAGCUCUCGGAGUUAAACAUGAUUCUGUUGACAUACUCCAGACUGUCGCAUUUACUGAGGAUGUCAGGCAGCAAAGCUUCAAUAUUCCGAAACGGGACCGAGAUGAAACACGGAGCUGGUUGCUGUGUGCAGCUGAAAAGAUUCCAGGGGAUGCAGUCAAAUGGUUCGAUUAACAAAAAAGGUCUGCAGGAUAGGCAGAAGCAGCAAAUGGCCAGAGGUCUACCUAAGCAGAAGCCCAUCAGAGACGUCAAACAGGUGAUUGUUGUUGCUUCAGGGAAAGGCGGCGUGGGCAAGUCGACAACAGCAGUGAACUUGGCUCUCGGAUUAAUGGCCAUUGACAAGUCCAAGUCAGUUGGUCUGUUGGAUGCUGACAUCUAUGGACCCUCCAUUCCCAAACUGAUGAACUUGAAAGGAAACCCAGAGCUCAACGAUGAUAAUCGAAUGAUUCCUCUUAUCAAUUAUGGUGUCCCAUGUAUGUCAAUGGGCUUCUUGGUACCGGACACAUCUCCGAUAGUUUGGAGGGGACUGAUGGUAAUGUCUGCCAUAGAGCGCUUGCUCAGACAGGUAGAAUGGGGCUCUCUGGACUACUUAGUGGUAGACAUGCCUCCCGGGACGGGAGACGUCCAGCUGUCCAUCACUCAGAACAUUCCCAUUGCAGGGGCAGUCAUCGUUUCAACACCACAAGAUGUUGCUCUGCUGGAUGCUCGCAGAGGAGCCGAGAUGUUUAGAAAACUUAACGUGCCGGUUCUGGGUCUGGUUCAGAACAUGAGCGUCUUCCAGUGUCCCAACUGUCAUCAUCAUACCCACAUCUUUGGAUCCAACGGGGCAAAGCAACUUGCUGAGACGAUCAGUGUCAAGUUUUUAGGUGACGUCCCUCUUCACCUAAACAUCAGAGAAACGUCGGACAAAGGACAACCCAUUGUCAUCUCUUCUCCUGACAGCCCUGAGGCUGAGGCUUACAGGAAGGUGGCAUCUGCUGUGAUCCAGAACCUAGAGGAACUUACCAGAUGACUAAAAGCUCCUUUCUCUCUUUGUUUCUUUGAUUUUUCUUUCAUUAUCUCUUUUUGUUUGUUCCUUUUACCAUAUUUGUGUUGAAAAAUUUGAAAAUGUAAAACUGCCAAUAAAUAAUUGAAUAAAAUUUUAAAACUUUAUUUAGGUGAAUAUGCUUUCACCAGGCUGGUGGGGUAGUGUGUUGACAAUUUGGUCAUUAACACCUUGAAGAAAAAGAGGUUAUUGCUACCUUCACAAUGGGUAAGUCUGACCUGCAGGCAUUACCAUCAUCACAAGACGUGUGGAGAGGGGGAAAUCUUUUAAGUUUUCGGGUGUCCACAAGGAUGCAGACCCCAAAAGUAGCUCUAUCCCCACAGCGAUAGUGAGAAGGCUCAGCAAUGACCACUUUCUGACCUGUGGUGACAGUCUGCUGUCUUCUGGCAUGUCUGGAUGAUACACUAUCUGCAUUAUCGCACACAGGAAGCCACUAGGGAAGGUCAUCAUUACCACCCAGAAGAUCAUUAGCUGCACUUUUCUAGAGGGCUCGCAACAUUCUGAGGGACAGCGAGUGUUUGAGCUGCUGCCCUCAGGUCAAACACCCUGAGGGCGGGUGGGAGUUUGUGUAUAGUCGCUGCUCCUUCAUGUUGAGAGGAGCCAGUUGAUUGAUGGAUGGAUGGAUGGAUGGAUGGAUGGAUGGAUGGAUGG